AUGGGAAACAGAGCACCGUCCUCUGUAUCCUCUCUGUUUCUCAUCUUCCUCUGUUUACUAGAUUCUCUAAACGCUCAAUCCACGCCUAUUUUCGCCUGCGACGUCGCCGGAAACCCAUCUCUCGCCGCUUAUGGGUUCUGCAACACCGCCAUAAAGAUCGAGUACCGAGUCGCUGAUCUUGUCGCGAGGCUCACGUUGCAAGAAAAGAUCGGGGUUUUAACGAGUAAACUUCACGGCGUGCCACGGCUUGGGAUACCGACGUAUGAAUGGUGGUCCGAAGCACUUCACGGCGUUUCUUACACCGGACCUGGCACGCAUUUCUCUGGACAAGUUCCAGGCGCUACGAGUUUUCCUCAGGUUAUACUCACCGCAGCUUCUUUCAACGUAUCUCUGUUUCAAGCCAUUGGCAAGGUUGUAUCGACCGAAGCAAGGGCAAUGUACAACGUUGGAUUAGCCGGACUAACGUAUUGGUCACCGAACGUUAACAUAUUCCGAGAUCCCAGAUGGGGAAGAGGACAAGAGACUCCCGGAGAAGAUCCACUGCUUUCUAGCAAGUAUGCUACAGGGUACGUUAAGGGUCUUCAAGAGACUGAUAGCAGCGAUGCUAACCGCCUCAAAGUAGCUGCGUGCUGCAAACACUACACCGCUUACGACGUUGAUAAUUGGAAAGGCGUAGAACGUUACAGUUUCAACGCCGUGGUGAAUCAACAAGAUAUGGAUGAUACGUAUCAACCACCGUUCAAGAGUUGUGUAGUUGAUGGGAAUGUGGCGAGUGUUAUGUGUUCUUACAAUCAAGUUAACGGUAAACCGACAUGUGCUGAUCCAGAUCUCCUCUCUGGUGUUAUCCGCAGUGAAUGGAAGUUAAAUGGGUACAUUGUUUCGGAUUGUGACUCGGUAGAUGUGAUAUAUAAGAACCAACACUAUACCAAGACACCAGAGGAAGCUGCAGCUAUAUCUAUCAACGCAGGCUUAGACUUGAACUGUGGUUACUUCUUGGGUGAUCAUACAGAGGCAGCGGUUAAAGCCGGUUUAGUACACGAGGCAGCUAUCGACAAAGCGAUUUCGAACAACUUUUUGACCCUUAUGCGUUUAGGAUUCUUCGACGGAGAUCCAAAGAAACAGAUGUACGGCGGUUUAGGUCCUAAAGACGUCUGCACACCCGCGAAUCAAGAGCUAGCCGCGGAAGCAGCGAGACAAGGCAUUGUACUACUAAAAAACACCGGUUCUUGCUUACCGCUUUCUCCUAAAGCGAUCAAAACGCUAGCCGUGAUUGGGCCAAACGCGAAUGUCACGAAAACAAUGAUAGGUAACUACGAAGGCACUCCGUGUAAGUACACAACACCGCUUCAGGGAUUAGCCGGGACGGUAUCAACAACGUAUCUACCAGGCUGCUCUAAUGUAGCUUGUGCGGUGGCGGAUGUAGCUGGAGCCACGAAGCUAGCAUCUGCUGCUGACGCGACGGUGCUUGUUAUAGGUGCGGAUCAAUCUAUAGAGGCAGAGAGCCGUGACAGAGUUGAUUUAAAUCUUCCGGGAAAACAACAAGAGCUCGUGACACAAGUGGCUAAAGCAGCGAAAGGACCGGUCGUUCUAGUUAUCAUGUCUGGUGGAGGUUUUGAUAUUACGUUCGCUAAGAACGAUGCGAAGAUCGUUGGAAUCUUGUGGGUUGGUUAUCCCGGAGAAGCUGGUGGUGUUGCUAUCGCUGACGUCAUCUUUGGUCGUUAUAACCCAAGUAAGAAUGACUCUGUUUUAAAAACUUUAAACUAGUGAUAACCGGUGAAUUCUGUUUUUUAAACCACGGAUAAC